GAUAACUCUAAGACAGAGAAGAGAAACAAUCGUGAAACGAACAAUAAGUUAUUCAAUGAUAAAUUGUUAGGUUAAGUUAUUGAACAUUUAAAUAUGUUUUGUCUGUAUUAAUAUGAUAUCUUCCCAGAUGUCUGCAACGCGGUUUGCGGACUAUUUCGUUGUAUGUGGUUUAGAUACAGCCACGGGCCUAGAACCAGAUCAGCUGUCAGGGGAUAAUUUGCAGUGUCCACCACUUGAUCGUCCAUUUAAAUCCAAAGUAUUGCAACACGUCCCAGACAAUGUUCCUUGGAAUCCCUUCGAUAAAGUUGCUGUUGGAAUGCUCUGCAUGCCACAAGGCCUUGGCUUUUGCACCCAGAAAGAAUCCAAACGACCCAGGUUUCACUCCUUCUUGAUAACAAAAGAAGAUGGGGCUCGCAUAUUUGGAUCAGCCUUGACCUUUUAUGAAGAGGUCAGGGACAAAAAGAUAUGUGCUGCAAUGCAAACGCUACAACAUAUGUAUCGUGCUCAACCGGAGGAGGAUCUGGAAGAGGAGAACCAGUCAACUCUACAGCACAGUCCAAAAGUCAUUAAAAGAUCCAGUCCCAGACAGAGCAUCAAAGUGUUUGAUUCACAAACAGAUACACUUUUUGUAACCAAGUGUCUUUGUCUCAUUACCCAGUAUCCAUUUGUUAUAGCCCCCAAGGAAUAUUUGAUACAGCUUUAUGAAGCAAUAGAAAAACCCGCCAGGUGUCACCUACCACUGGAAAGCUACAUCUACAAUAUUUUAUGUGAGGUUCCUCUACCACCCCCAGGCCGAAGCAUGAAGUUUUACGGCGUGUCCAGACCAGUGUUUACACAGAGACCCAUGGACUGGAGGGAGGUAAAAGGUGUGAGUGAGCUCCCUUUGUUUGACUUUUCACUCUGGGACCUUUGUCGAUACCUGGAGGUUAAGGACCUGAUUCUUCUCUUCACCAGCGUACUUCUAGAACAUCAGAUCCUGCUGUAUUCAUCUGAUUAUCACAGGCUGAUGACAGUAGCAGAGUGUAUCAAUGUACUAACCUUUCCAUUCACGUGGCAACAUGUGUAUGUCCCUAUACUCCCAGCUUCUCUUACACACUUUUUGGACGCCCCUGUACCAUUCAUCAUGGGACUGCAUCAUGGAAGAGAGAACAGAUCUGAACUUGUUCUUCCUAGUGAGGCUAAUAUGUGUUUUGUUGACAUUGAUGAGAAAACUGUAGAUGUUCCAGAAGAUUUACCUCCCUUUCCACAUCACCAGGAACUCAAAGAAGAACUUGUAAGAGCCAUCAACUUAUACAAAGUAUCUUUGGGUAAAGAUAGCAGCAAAAUACCCAGUCCCAAAAAGUCUAGCAGCAAUAAGGAGGAAACCUCAAUUAUCCGCAAUGAGAGCUGGACCAACAUGCCAGAUAAGAUGGAACGUUUAAAACAGAAUGAAGCAUUUGCAAAAAUAUCAGCCAUUGCUAAGAAAACCGGUGUAUGGACCUCCAUUGAAGAAUUUUCAGACAAUUCCGAAAAAGAAAAAGACCCAGAAGUCAAGGACUCAUCAUCGAUGGGUCAACGACAAAUCGAUCAUCUGAAGUUCAACAACAUGAUAAGAGAGAUAUUCCUGAAUCAUUUUCUGCAUUUAUUCAGUUCCUACGAGACUUUUGUAAUCCAACCAACCCAAGACAUGGAAUCAUGGUUGACGAAUCGGGAAACCAUGCUGAAUUUUGACAAGGCAGCCUUCUUAAGUGACCAACCAGAAGGGUAUCUACCAUUCAUGUCGUCUUUCACGGAAACACAAAUGUUUGCCACGCUCAUUGAUAACAAGAUUCUGUCUCACUUUGAUGAAAUCGAUCCCAGUUUGAGGGUUUUUGACUCGAGAUUAAAAAUACUCAGGGAAAGGCUCGGGGAACACAUUACUCACACAUACGGGCCGUGUGCUACAGUAGAAGAUACAGAAAACAUGCUAGAGAAGAGGGUUGUGUACAUUGAUCAUGUCUCCCCACGGCCCCAUACCUUGGAAAACCUAACUAAUCCCGCUACCAUGGAGACAGGCUUCUUUCCAGAGAUUCAAAGGGAGGUCAUGAAUGUGGAGACAAGUCAGCAGUCAACCAAAAGGGAAAGCGCUAUGUGGAGAAGAAAGGACAGGACGCUGCAACAUUCUGAACAUAUUCAGCUGAAUUCAGAACAGAGAGAGAAAUAUAUUCAGGACGUUCGCCUAAAGCACGUGAGACAACCCAAACUGACAGAACUGUCCGCUGCGGGAAUGAUGCAGACCAACUGGAAAUUUGUAGAAACACUGCUUCAGGAAAUCAAAAACGAGACCAAGCGUAUGCUGGUGGAGAAAAUGGGACACGAAGCAAUAGAAUUAGGUCACGGGGACGCCAACAUUAAUGGUGUGGAGGAAAACACGAUGAUCGUUAGUCUGUGUGACAUGUUGGAGAGAAUCUGGUCCCAUGGUCUGCAGUCCAAAAAGGGAAAAUCGGCCCUGUGGUCCCACCUACUGAGCUACCUAGAGCUUCAAGACUGUAACUAUGGAAACCAGUGCCUUGACAGUAACAGACUGGCUCCACCAGCGUCACGUUUUGCGAUACGUAAGAGAACGAGACUAGACUAUACCUCACUUAGAUCGUUGUACUUAUGUCUAUGCAGCAAUGUCACUGUGAUGUCAUUAAGUUCAGAGACCAUUCAAGACCAACCAAGUCAGAUAAAGACACAUCGACGUAAGGGAAGCAAGGGGAGGAUCGAGCUUCCGACCCUGAAUCCACUGCCGACCUCACUGGCCUACGAUAUGAGAAAAGUGCAGCAAAUGGUGGAAAUGAGAACAGAUGUGGGACAUGCUCGGGCCUGGGUCAGGCUUGCUCUUGAAAAGAAGAUGCUAGCAUCCCAUCUCAAAGAGCUUCUGUCUGAUGCAGAGUUACUCAGGAACUUGUACAAGAGAUAUGCCUUCCUGCGAUGCGAGGAUGAGAGAGAACAGUUCUUGUUUCAUCUACUCUCCCUGAACGCUGUGGACUAUUUCUCAUAUACCAACUCUUUCCUAAACACAGUUGUACCAUACAAAGUGCUAAUUUUUCCUAGUCCUAAGUUUGGUUGUUCGACCACUAGUGCUAAUCCAUGGAUCAGCUUUGCUGGUCAGCACGGGGAGACCGGGGUGAUUGAUAUCCCCAAAGGAUGCCUGGAAUUUAAUGUAGAGCACAAGAAUCUUGGGAUACUGACGACACUUCGUAUCGGCCAUGACAACACCGGUCACCCCCGCUGGCUUGUGGAGUACGUUCUCGUCAGGAAUGAGUUAACAGGACAUCUCUACAAAUUCCCUUGUGGGAGAUGGCUAGGUAAAAUGGUGGAUGAUGGCAGCACAGAGAGAUUGCUAGUAGCACAGCUACUUCCACAGCACUCAGAUACUUACGAUUUAGACUUAGCAGUUGCUUCGUCACCCCCAAAUAAAGCGAUGUCCCCUAAUUCACCUAAAAAGUCACCUGAUCCAGGAUCUCUAAGUAUUCCAGAAAUUCAGGAGAGGCUGGGGCAUGCUGUAAACAAUCUAGUCAAACAUUUCUAUAAACCAGAGAAAGAGAGAGGGAACCUGACCUACCUUCUGUGUGGAGAUCAGGGGCUUGUCCACUGUCUGGAGCUGGUGUUUCAGUAUGGCUUCAGAUCCUCUCGUCUCUUUAGGAAUAAGUUCUUCAUCUGGGACUAUCUCGAGAAGGUGAAGCAGCAUUUUGAGGGUGUUCUGACGGGUGAAGUCCGACAGCCUAUCUCUGAUGGAGCUACGGCUGGUUACUGGAUCUACUGUAACUUCCUCAAUAAAAUCAACAGUGCUACGGAAUCUGUAGGAAAGGACGGGAAGUUCCAGAUAUUUGUCUGUGUCGGUAUAAGGGAUCAUUUGAUUCAGAAGUUACUUCCCUUGGUUGCCAACACGCCAGUGACUGCACAGAUGUACGAAGAAAAUUCAUUUUUGCGGAAUUACAGUCAUAUUAACUACUUAGUCCACAUCCUCGGUACCCUCGAGGAAUUCCAGGUCACGCUAGAGUCCUCCCUUCUCCGCGGUUUAGACAUUUGAGGAAGGGAAAUUGCCACAUUUUUGUUCACCCACCGAUAGUGUUAUUUCAAGAAGUUUUUUUUUCUGUCAGGUUUGACUACAGCACUGAAAUAGCACCUGUUGUUAUAAUAUGUUACAUACAAUGUAUUUGUUGUUAUGGCUCAAACAGAAAUAAGCAUGACAGAUUUUACCAUAUUCAAUAGGGCAUGACUGGUUUUUUGGAGUUUUUUAAAUUUUUUAUUUAUUUAUUUUUUUUUUUUUUUUAAUUUAUUAUUUUUUUUUUUUUUUGUAAAAUACCAGAUAACGAAAACAUGCAAUGCUACUGUCUCAUUUUUUUUUUUUAUAUAUACAUUUCUUACUUAGUGCAGCAUUACUGAAAGAUUUGGUCUAUAAAUUAAUAUUGUACACCACACAAGGCAUAUACAUAUAAGUUCAUAAAUAGCAGUAGUAAUUGUACAUUUAAGUUUAUAAAUAACAGUAGUAAUUGUACAUAUAAGUUUAUAAAUAACAGUGGAAGUGUAUGGUGAGUCUUCAAUUUUUUUUCAGUGACUUUAAAGAUUUUAUGAAUUGUGUGUUUUACAAAUGCGUGUGAUAAAAGUAAAAGGUGCAAGAACAGAAGUAGAGCUACGUUUUCAAGUACAUGAUUACGUGUAAAUUCUGACUCUCCAAUUAAACAGAAUAAAUUGUUUGACAGAUCUCAUUUCCAAUACAUUAAGAGUCAUAUACUUUAUAUAUAUAUAUAUAGCCACUAUGUUACGUGUAUAUAGGAUACGUGUACAGUUGUAUGUAGAAAGUGUCUUUGCAUAUUUUUUGAAAACUAGUCUCUAUUGAAUUUGUGUUAUUAUGAUAAUCAGACUUGUUUGUUUUUCAUUGUUCUUAUUAAGAUGUGCAAUAUCUUGUCAGAAUUGUCUUGUAAUGUUGUACACUUAUAAGUUCACACAUUGCAGACUUCAGACUUCAAUGUUUCUCCUGUAAGGUUUUAAGUUUCCUACAGACACUGGCAGAAUUCAUUAUAUAUAUAUGCAAUAGGGUAUGUCUAACAUAAGUUCUUAUUUGGAUGAGUUUCAUUUUCUAAGGUUGCAAUAUGAUUUUUUUUUUCUAUCAAUACAACAAUAUUAGAUUGAUUAACAAAUACUCAGAUUAUUUCGAUAUAUUUAUGAUCCUGUUGACAUGUACUGUAUAAAUCUUUUUUGGCCGUGCUUGUUACAUGUACGUUUAUUACCUUGACAAUAUUCCACCAACAAACCACGCAGUGUUACGUUUUCCUUCCCAGACACACUGUAACGUGUUUCAGAAAACUGUAAGCAUGUAGACGCCAUCCGUAUACAAUAUUUCACUCUAUGAUCGUUGCUAAAUUGUAUGUCUGUAUUAUAUCGGAUUAAUCAAUUUUCGGAUUUGAUAGGCAUGUCACCCUGUCAAUAUGAUGUAGGAAGUGAUGUCAGUAUUAUUCAGGAAGUGAUGUCAGUAUAAUGUAGGAAGUGAUGUCAGUAUAAUGCAGGAAGUGAUGUCAGUAUAAUGCAGGAAGUGAUGUCAGUAUGAUGUAGGAAGUGAUGUCAGUAUAAUGCAGGAAGUGAUGUCAGUAUAAUGUAGGAAGUGAUGUCAGUAUAGUGUAGGAAAUGAGAUUCUCUAUUGUUUAGAGGUUUAAGAGGUUGUAGUGUUUCUGUUGGUAUGAACAUAUUUUAUUGUAAUGUUAUUGACGGAGGGCUCCCUGGUUCUGUUCUGUGUUGUGGUCGACACAGCUGUGUUUCUGUCGCUGUAUAACAAGUGCCAAUUCCAGUAUUUCCUUAAUCUAGGGUGUUAAUUUUUUAAUCAUUAAGUGCACAGUGAUAUGGAGAGCAGAUAUGUUUGUUCAAAAGAAAUCUGCAGUUUAUGUACAACUGUUGUAGUAGUGUGCCAUUUCUGAAUUCCUAACCUUUAUUUACAUUUUCCAGACUUUUGAAAAUUUUUGGAGUCAUGAUUGUAUUUAUUUUGUUAAUCACAUUGUUGUAUGCAAUUAGUUAACACUUUUAUUUUGAGGCGUUUAUAUUAUGUCUAAAUGUUUUUACUGAUUUUGUAAAAUUUCUGUAGAUUCCUUAUUUUACACGAGUAUUCUUAAAUAUGGCGAUUUGACUCCUAUAUAUCAAAUCGCAUGAACAUGAGUUAAUGUGUCGUCUGUUAAUCAAGAGUUCUUACGUGAAUUUUAGCAACAGAAAAUGAAAAGUAAUUUUAUUUCACGAGUGAUACCUCUCGUGAAAUUACGUGAUGACAAAUUCCUCGUGUAUAUUUAGGAAUCUACAGUAUUCUGUAUAAUGACAGCACUUACAAAAGAUAUGAAUUAUUUGAUUUUCAGUCAUUAGUGUGUAAUGUAAGCCUGUCAUGCCUGACUGUGGUUAAACUUUUUGGAUAAGGUUUAUUUUCAAGGAGCUGUCCUCUCUGAAUCAAAUGUUUGUUAUUGGGUACUGUACGUUCCUCCUGUUUAACACAAGGACUUAUUUCUUGAAAUUGUCAUUGAACCUCAGUUGUUGAGUAGAUUUUAUGUAAAAUCGCAAGACCUCUACUCAGAGGAACUGACUUCAACACAAAUUAGUUAUGAAUUAUGAAUAGAUUAAAAUGAAACUUUUAAUUCUGUUAGAGAGGGCUCUCACAAAUUAAUGUAAAUGUUGAUUACUUGGGUAUAACGAGUACACACGAUCAACAUUUUUCUAAGUUAGUUUCUGUGAGAUACUGGUACAGUAUACGUACACUUUUAUGUCAGUUUAAUUACAUGCAUGAUUAUUCUGUUAGGGAUGUGUACUAACUGCCAUGCUUCUACUGCAGUUUUAAAAUUUUCUAAAUUAAAGGACAGAAGUUUUGAAGCAAAAAAUGUCCACCCUCCACAAAUAGUAAGCACUCUUAUUUUGGACAUUGAAAGUAAGGAUCUAUUUUGUAGCUUACAUUUGUAGAUGACUUUCUUAACCACUCAUAAAGAUUAAGUUUUAAGUAUCAUUAUCUCAUUGUAAUUCAUUGAGACAUGACCCCAGUUCUGUAUACAUUUUUUUUUUAUAUUUGUGCACUGCUUGUAAAGUCUUGUGUUCACAAAUUGUAGAUUUGACGAAGUUGUUUUAAAGUUACCUAUUCUACUUAAUACAUAACGUGAACUAUUACCUCAAUAGCUUGAAUUAUUGAAGCUUUGUUCACCAAUGAAGAAAGACUUUUGUUUAAUUUUUGUUGCGAUUUGGAUGUUAUGACGCAUAAUAUGACCAGAAGACUGGCUCUGUUUGAUGCAAUACCAUCCUCAGUUUUUUUUUAUGGGGGGAUGUGAUUUUUGGGAAGAUUAACAAUCAAAAGAAAUUUGCCCUCCAUGUUGUGUGUAAUAUGGAACAACAAAAUAUAACAUAACAAUAUAUCUACGCUUUACAAAUUGUAAUGACAGCCAUUUCUUCAUGAAUGUGGGUUUUUUUUUAACCUAAGCAGAGAAGUUCCAGGUUAUGCAGGUGCGACAGUGCGUGACGAUACGUAAAUUACCUGUAAUAUAUAUUGUACGAUAUACAUGUCCAUCCAUUACCUGUUCAGUGUAAUAGUUUAGUCUUACGGAUGAAGUCGUAUAACGCACCACUCCAGUAAUACUUUGUUAUCCUAGUAUUGUAUAUUAGCAAUACCAAGUCCUGUCAUUUGUAACUAUUAUAAAUCAGUUGAAUUGUUAGACGUUCCCUUUAGAUCUUGUUUUUGAGAAAUAAACAUUGAAAUAGGAAAAUA